GGCCUUAUCCAAGCGUCCUCGUGGUCCUAAGCGGUAGUAUUCACUAUUCAUACUCCGCUUCAUCGUUCGCUCUUCUUUUUGUGGUCCCAUGGCUUUCCUCAAAUUGUGAAAAGUGGCAUCUUCUCGCGGCUUGGAACUCUAUCGAAUCUUCAAAGUGGCUCCGCAACGAAGUCAUGAAGUUACCCCGUCAUACUAACCACAGACGGUGAAGCCCUCUUUGUUCGCAUCCUUGCUCGACACUACUUUCUGCUUACACUCACUUUUUUUUGGGUGUCACCAUGAGUUUCCUCGACUCCGUUCUCUCGUCCAUCGAGACGGGCAAACCGUCUCCAAUACCCCCAACUUCGUCUGCCGUAUCGCCACCUGUCACUUCCUCAACCAUCAGAACGGAGCCACGCAAGACCAGUCUUGGACCACGAAAUGCUCCUUCACUGCCAGAACGAAAACCCCUUACACAGGGAAUGAAGCGCAAAGCUGACGAGCCGCUGCCUCGCUCUUCUAAACCAACGCCUCCAGCGCCACUUAGGUCGACCGCCACCAAGCCUACUGUACCCGCAACUACAAAGGCUCGUCAUAGUGCUACUACAGCCGCCGUGGCGUCCGCCUCCACCAGUCGUUCAUCAACGCCUCAGAGGACGUCUCAGGUGUCCUCGAAACCGCCCCCUAAAGGCUCCUAUGCGGAUCUCAUGGCCAAAGCCAAGGCCCUACAGGAGAAAACACCCACACAGGUGGGAAUGUUCAAGCAUCAGGCUGCAGCCAAAGAGAAGCUGAGCAAAGUGGAGCGGAAGAAGCGGGCGAUGGAAGCUCAAACAAAGGAGAAAGAAGGUCGGUCGGUCAAGAGGCCUGGCGCUACUGCUACUGCAGCUGGAGGUGCGAAACCUGGUGGCACAAAGCCAGUGAGAAAGCGCGAGCCGGAAGAGCUCUCUUACAAAGGCACUUCACGACCAACACCCCGUCCUGCGCAACCUGAAUAUCGUGGAACAGCGGGUCUGCCGGCCAAACGGAAUCCGAAUGACCUCAGGGCUCAGUCUCGAGGGAAACGGUCAAGGAUGGAUGAGUACUUGGGAACUGACGAGGAAGAUGAGGGAGACUAUGCCGAGGACUAUGAUGAUUACUACUCAGGCUCCUCGGAUAUGGAAGCUGGCUACGAUGCCAUGGAGGAAGAAGAGGCUGCCGCGUUGGCAGUCGCCAGGCGGGAAGACGAGGAGGAAUGGGAGGCCGAACAGGCAGCCAAACAGGCGAAAAUGGAUCGCCUCAAGAAGCUCAAUGCGCUGGCUGCGCGGCGAUAAUGCGGUGGGAGCAUACAUUGGACGAAUAAAGAUUAACCACCUCUUGGUGUCCGUAUACUUACAUGGACCAGCCUUGUCUCUUUAUCACUUUUCCUAUAUGUUUGUGGCUUUUCUGGAAACCGGAGCAUCAGCGAGGAAUACCCCGAGGGUGCAUUACACAUGACGUUGCUAUUUUCUUUGUUUUCUUGCCCCAUUCUACUGUCUUGGAGUCGUUUCGUUGAGCAUCAGCGAGCAUCAAGGUGUCGAUAGAUGGAGUGUUGAGUCGUCUUCUUCGAGUUACAUAUUAUUAUCGCAAUGUUUACAUAUAACAUUCGCAGGCGUCAGCUGCCCUUAGUUAGUUUGAGCUUUGGUUUUUAGGCUGUAC